AUGCUUGCGCCAAGUCUUUCGUAUAGAGCCUGCAGCUCUGCCUGCAGUAGUCUCCCAGCCCACGGGCUCUCCACAUCCAAAUUCCUCCCCCAACACUUCCGCCUCAACCUUUCACGAACACGACCCUUCCACUCCACCCCCUCCCUCGACUCAAAGGUCUCAUAUCGCGUCGCCGUCUCCUCCACCGGCAAAGGCCGCCGCUUCCACCCCCUCAAAAAUGCCUACAACUUCGACCCCGCCGGUCCAGCCCUCGGCGUGACAAAAGAAACCAACUCCGUCAGUCGCCGCCGUACCCGUCCCGACAGCGGUGAAGACGCUUUCUUCGUUAGUCGAAUCGGUAAUCGCAUCUCAGACCACCAAGAAGGUAACGCCGAGGCCGUGGCCUUCGCAGUCGCCGAUGGCGUAGGCGGCUGGACCGAGUCUCGCGUUGACCCGGCGGACUUCUCUCACGGCCUGUGCGGAUACAUGGCGCACACGGCGCAAACGUGGCACGAACCUGCUGAGGCACUAAGACCGAAAUCACUUUUGCAAUUCGGGUACGAUGCGGUGGUCGAUGAUCCGACCAUUCGCGCAGGUGGCAGUACUGCAUCAGUAGGUGUUGCGUUGCCGGAUGGUCGGGUUGAAUUGGCGAAUCUGGGUGAUUCGGGUUCCGUGUUGCUGAGGAGAGCGGCGGUGCACUCUUACUCGGUCCCGCAGACGCAUGGGUUUAACACGCCUUUCCAACUGAGUGUUAUUCCACCGCGUAUGCGCGCACAAGCCAAUGUCUUUGGCGGUGCAUUUUUGGAGGAUUUCCCCAAGGAUGCUUCGGUUACCAAUGUGCAGAUGCAGCAUGGAGAUGUCUUGAUGCUGGCUACUGAUGGUGUUUUUGAUAACCUGAACAAUCAGGAUAUUCUGAAGCUCAUCACCAGUCGCAUGGUGAUGACGGGUGCUUGGACAGCGACGGAGUCCGGCGUUGGCGUUUCGGAUAAUCUGCGGGCUCUGGCUGCCCCGGGUGGGUUGGCGGAUGCGCUUCCCACGCCGCCGGGCUCACCGAUGAAGGAUUCGGAAGAUGCCCUUGCAGACGGUGUCACUUUGCAGUCUGUCCUGGCUGCGACCAUUGCUGGCGAGGCCAAGAAGGCCAGCGUGGACUAUCGUCGCGAUGGACCUUUUGCGAAGGAGGCCCAGCGGUAUUAUCCUGGGGACUAUUACCGGGGCGGAAAAGUCGAUGACAUCUGUGUUGUGAUUGUUGUCGCUGUUGAUGAUAGCGCCGCGGCCAAGAUCUGA